AUCUAACAUGGCUGCCCAAGGACCAUUACUACCAGCUAUAAUAGGUUAUGGCCUAUUCCAGCUGUUUGAGGACGACGAAGAAGAAAAAUUGCAAUUAUAUCUUUUACAGACUGAAUUGGAGAGUGCUCGAAAGGAGAGAGUGAAAACUCAAGGUUAUUUUGAAGUAACAAUACCCCGCUAUCUACCAGACACUUUCCAGAGGUUUUUUAGAGUAUCUCGAAAUACUUUUGAAAUUUUGUGCCAACAACUAGGUGCAUGUCCGGAAAUGCGUACACGUGUAUAUAGAGGUGGUAGAGAAGAACUCCCACUCCAUAAAAAAGUCUUGCGGGUUCUGCGUUACCUUGCGUCCCAAGAGACUAUCUUGGAAAUAAGUGACAAGUUUAAUGUGACUGAGUAUACGCUUUUGAAAUAUAGAAGACAAGUUUUAGAUGCAGUCUAUAACAACAUGAUGGGAAGGAUUAUAACUUGGCCGACGCAAAAUGAAUUACCCAAUGUCGCUCAACGGUUUAACGACAUGGGUCAAAAUCAAUUUCCAGGGGUAAUUGGUGCUAUAGAUGGCACACAUAUACCGAUAGAGGCCCCAAGAGAAAACCCACAAGCCUACUUCAACAGAAAAAAAUUUCACUCGGUGAUUCUACAAGCAGUUUGCAAAGACAAUAUGGAAAUCAUAGACAUCAAUGUUGGAUGGCCGGGUCAUGUCCACGAUGCGAAGGUUUUAAGAAAUUCAACUGUAUGGGAAGAUGGAGAUAGAAUUUCAGGGUAUGGACGCUUCCAUCUAAUUGGAGACGGAGCCUAUCCACUGAGGAGAUGGCUACUUACUCCAUUUUGAGAUAACGGGCAUUUGACCGCCGAACAGAAAAAAUUCAACAAAAGUUUAUCUUCAAAGAGACAAGUGAUUGAAAGAAGUUUUGGACUUUUAAAGGGCCGUUUCAGGAGACUUAAACACAUCAAUAUGAUUGACAUUAAAGAAAUAUGCAAUGUUGUAUGUACAGCAGUUGUUUUUCAUAAUAUUUGUAUAUCAAAUGGUGAGAAUUUGGAAGAGUUAUGGAAGAGGACGAUGAUUUAAUGCCACCUAUUAAUCCCCUAUUUGAGCAACAGGAGCGAAAUGCAGAAGGGGCUUUGAAGAGAUUUAAUAUGGCCAACAGGUUAAGAUUUCUUUGAAGUAAUGUAGACAUGAACAUUUGUAAUGUGUAGGCCAAGUUUACCAAAUUAUCAAUCUUUAUCUUGCUAAA